AUGCCCUACCCCGUGCCGGAAAACACUGUCCAGUGGCUCUACUUCUAUAUUGUCGUGCCCGGCCUCGUCGUAAUAUUCUUUAUCGAGGUCAUCUGGCCGCAAAUCUGCAAAAUACUCCUGUGGUGCUUGAUUCGAUACAUGGAGUAUCAAGGAGACCAGGAACGAGCGCGCCGGGCACGACAACGCGAAGAAGAGCAACGAAAAAUGAAUGAGGACGACGCGCAAGAGCAGGCUGAUAAUUCGGGCGACGGACGAAACAUUCUCAAUCGAAUGCCACUUGCAAGCGGUGAACGAAAGCAAAUCGUGUUCAAGUAA